AAGAGUAGAGGAAGAGCGUAAAGAGAUUGGGAGAAUUGAGAGGUGAGAGGUGAAUGGUGGGAUAAUUUAAAUUAAAGAUUACAAAUAAGCUUUUUGUAUAUAAGAAUUGGUCCCCAGUUGGAAGAUUUUGUUUCUUAAAUUUCUUUUUGUUUGGGUAAACCAGGUAUUUUGGCAUUGGAGAACUGGGUUAUCAAGAUUGUGCAAUUAAAAAAAAUGACUGGUAUUCAAACUACGUUAAUUCAUGGAGCAGAUUCGAUUUAUGAACGAGUAUCGGAUGUUGUUCCACCAAUCAAUGUUUCCACUACAUUCAAGUAUCCUCAAAAGGUUGAAGAGUUGAUUCCAGUUGAUGAUCAAUCUAUCGAUAGUAUAGCAGGAAGUGGCAAUUUCAUUUAUUCCAGGUUAUCGCAUCCCAAUAGUGAAGCACUUGAAUUGACAUUUAAGAAAUUGUUUGGGAAAGAUGUUGUUGUUUAUUCGUCUGGAUUGGCGGCGUUCAAUGCGAUUUUAUUUCAUUACUCGCCCAAGAGGAUUUUCAUUGACCAUUGUUAUGCUGGUUGUCAUGGGAUAGUCAAUUUGUUCAAAAGAUUUGGACUAAAGGAGUUUGGGGUGAGUGAAGAAGAGUUGAAGGAAAAUCUAUCGCAGGGAGAUUUGAUUCAUAUUGAAACACCAGUUAAUCCUGAGGGAACCAGUUAUGAUAUUGAGUAUUUUACAAAGAUUGCACAUGAAAGAGGAGCAUAUGUCUCAGUUGACUCUACGUUUGCGCCAUUUCCACUACAAGAUCCAUUUUUAUUUGAAGCCGAUAUUGUUAUGCAUUCAGCUACAAAGUACUAUGGGGGACAUUCAGAUUUGUUGUCGGGUUUGUUAGUCGUUAAGGAUGACAAGAUUAAAGCUGAGCUUGUGUUUGAUAGAGUUUAUCUUGGUACAAACAUUGGAAAUUUAGAGAGUUAUUUAUUAAUUAGAUCAUUGAGAACCUUUAAGAUGAGAAUCGAGGUUCAAUCUAAGAACUGUGAAAAAUUGGUUAAAUAUUUAAACGAUAAUAAAGAAGGGAAAUUCAGUAAGGUUAUUGAUAAAAUCUAUCAUUCAAGUUUACAAAAGGAGGAAUUUGUUGCAAGACAAUUACCAAAUGGAUAUGGACCAGUUUUCUCAAUUGAUUUAGUUAGUGAGGAUUUUGCUAAAAGAUUAGCAGCAAACUUGAAAUAUUUUCAACACGCUACAAGUCUUGGAGGAGUUGAGAGUUUGAUUGAAUGGAGAGCAUUAAGUGCACCUAAAAUCAGAAGAACAUUGGUUCGAAUCUCAGUUGGAUGUGAAGAAAUCGAAGAUUUAAUUGAGGAUAUAGAGCAGGGAUUAUUAUCCUUGUAAAAAAAAAAAAAAAAAAAAAA